AUGAACGAAUCCAUUACAACAGCGAUACCUGACAAUUCGUCUCUCCCUUUCUAUAACGGUUCACUGGAUUAUUAUGACUAUGACCUGACAUCAGAUGACGAGAACUUUCUACAUUUGAUAAAGAUAGUUGUAUCGAUUGUUUUCAGCCUCAUUGUCAUUAUCGGUUUUGUUGGAAACUUACUAGUUAUCAUCGUCGUAGUCUCAAAUAAAAAAAUGCAAAACACGACCAAUAUCUUGAUAGUGAGCCUGGCCGUCGCUGACUUAUCAUUUAUAAUUUUCUGUGUGCCUUUCACAGCCACGUUGUAUACAAUGUCUCGUUGGCCUUUUGGAGACGUCUGGUGUAAAAUCGUCCAAUAUCUAACUUACGUGUGUGCGUAUGCUAGCGUGUACACCCUCGUGCUGAUGUCGCUUGACAGAUAUCUGGCCGUCGUUCAUCCAAUUACAUCCAUGCGCAUCCGCAACAGUCGCAAUACCUACAUGAUGGUCUACCUAACAUGGAUUAUAAUGCUUGGCGGCAACAUACCGGUCAUCUUCGAAUUUUCUCAUAAAGAAGUUCCUAACAGCAACAGGUCUAUCUGUGUGGAUAUCGAUUUCUUCAAAAGUGAUUACCUCGCUUCGCAACCAUUUUAUGGAUGUUUCUUUGCUUUUGGUUACGUCAUACCACUGACACUUACCUGCAUUCUGUAUGGUUUCAUGAUAAAACGGCUUCUUUACGGCGUAGUACCUGGCGGAAGCCAACGGCCUGACAGCAUGAGGACGAAAAAACGUGUUACCAGAAUGGUGGUGAUAGUUGUCGUUAUCUUCGCUAUUUGUUGGCUCCCGAUUCAGAUAAUAUUUGUUAUGAUUAGUUUUGGAAUGAUUGGAAUGGACUCUAAAUUUUUGAUCGGAACAAUGAUAGCAUCGAAUUGUCUGGCUUACAUGAACAGCUGCGUCAACCCAGUUUUGUAUGCUUUCCUGUCCGAAAACUUUCGUAGAAGUUUUAGAAGAUUGUUGUGUUGUGCAAGCGACCCUCUCAGUAAGUUUGAAUAUGAACGGACCAAUGUACGUGGAAUUGAAAAGGAGUCAAAAGAAACACUCCUCAACAACACCAGUAAAACAACUGUUCCAAACGACUCAAAGGAUAAGAAUAGUAACUCUGAAAACGCUAUUCCUCUUCAGACUUUAAAUAAGCUUUAG